AUGUCUUCGCCACAGGGAGUGAUCAACGAGAGGCCGUUCCAUCAGCACACCCCAUCCACCGCUAGACGCCACUCCAAGAUCACGAUAGAGUACCACAAGCCAUCAAGGGAAUCCAUACAGGAGUACUCCGAUCUCUUGAAGGACGCCAGUCUCCACGCUGCCACCGCUGCCUCCGCUGCCACCUACAGAGACCCCUACGCUCCCUCGAAGCACCUUCUAGCUCGCCCCGCUUUCAGAGAUAACACUCCCGCAGACCCCACUCCCCCCGGUCUCGGCAACUCCCUCCACAAGCAGCCCCCUCCCACCGGCAAGCACAGUCUCCCCUCCACUCCCCAUCCCACCCGCGUGGACCACGAUCCCUUUGCUGCAUCCUCCCCAUCCACCAUAUCCAGCCCAGGGCCCCUCCCAAAGCAGUCCGGCAUGACCUCCCCCCCCGCACGUCCCUCCCGUGCCAACACCGCCACCCUCAACGACAUCUUCCCCUCCCAGUCCGCCCUCGCUGCCCGUCGUCUCUCCACCCCC